UACAUUCUACAAUCUGUCAGUUAAUGCAAGUAUCCAAAUCUUUCCUUGUUUGUUUCCUCACGUAACAAAAUUUAUAUAAACCCGUAUUCACCCACGCUCCAUAGUACCGUUAUCAUUAAUUCCUCAUCAUAAUUUAUAGUCCAAACACACAAAUUUACAACUCAAAGAAAACCAUGGAAAUGGAGAAAAUAUACACCUUGCUACCUCUUUUUGCAAUUAUAUUCUUCCUUUAUAAAACCAUUCUACCUUCUAAUCCAAAGAACAAGAACCUCCCACCACCAAGCCCACCAUCAAUUCCUAUAUUGGGCCAUUUACACCUCCUCAAACCCCCCUUCCACCGAACACUUCAAUCACUCUCCCAGCGCUAUGGCCCAAUAUUUUCUCUUCGAUUGGGCUGCCAGCCUGUUUUGGUGGUCUCCUCCCCAUGGGCCGCCGAGGAAUGCUUUAACCAAAACGAUAUCGUUUUUGCUAACCGGCCUAAGUUCAUUAUAGGUGAACAUCUAGGCUAUAACCAUUCCCUCCUAAUAUGGUCCCCGUACGGAGAGCAUUGGAGGAAUCUCCGACGGGUUGCAACCUUAACCAUGUUAUCCUUUCGAAGGAUCAACGAAGCGGGUCCCACUAGGAAAAUGGAGAUCCGUAACAUGAUCUCAGAGCUCCUAGAGGGCGGGACUAGAAAAGUGAACUUGAAUCAAGUUUUUGGGAAGUUGGCAAGAAACUUUGUAAUGAGGAUAAUGAAUGGUAAACCAUGGGAGAAAAUGGUAAUGUCCCCACCCGCUAAUCUCAUGACAGUAUGUGAUUUCUUGCCCGUUUUGAGGUGGGUUGGUUUUAGAGGGAUUGAGAAAGAGUUGAUAAAUAUGAAGAAAGAAAGAGAUGAAUUUUUACAAGGUUUGGUUGAUGAGUGUAGAGAAACUAGGAGAAGAGGAUUAUCUUGUAAUGAUGAUGAACAAAAUGGGAAGACCAACAUUUUGAUUGAUAAGUUGCUGGACUUGCAGGAAGCUGAGCCGGAAUACUACACUGAUGAUUUUCUCAAAGGAUUCAUCUUGGUAAUGUUGUUAGCAGGAUCGGAAACCACAUCUCGAACCCUGGAGUGGGCAAUGUCAAACCUCAUAAACCACUCUGAAAUCCUCUCAAAAGCAAGAGCCGAAAUUGAUCAUCAUGUAGGUGAAGGAAGACUUGUAGACGACUCCGACCUCCCAAAACUAAGCUACAUACGAUGCAUAAUCAACGAGACAUUAAGACUAUUCCCACCAGCACCACUAUUAGUCCCACACUACUCAUCAAAAGAUUGUACCGUAGGAGGGUUUCACGUAGCAAAAGGUACUAUGCUCUUUGUCAAUGCUUGGGCAAUACAUAGAGACCCUAACCUAUGGGAUGAGCCUACUGUGUUUAAGCCAGAAAGGUUCGAGAAGGAGAUCGAAGGGUUCAAGUAUAUGCCAUUUGGAAUUGGGAGGAGAACUUGCCCUGGGAACAACUUAGCACUUAGGAAUGUUACUUUGGCAUUGGCAACUCUUAUUCAAUGUUUUAAUUGGGAACCAACUGAGGCUGGUUUAGUAGACUUGACCGAAAAAAGUGGUGCUGGAGCCAUUAUUGUUCCUAAGGAAAAGCCUUUGGAGGCAAUAUGUUCUCCUCGCUCUUCUAUGGAAGACGUCCUUGCUCAAAUUUAACUAUGUUUAAUUUGGUAGAUGUUAGCUAGCUUAGUAUUUUAGAGGUGGAUGUCCCAUAUGUAUGUACGAUAUCCUUAUUACUUCUUAUGUACCUAUAAAAGAAAAGAAAAUGUGUACUUCAUUUUGUGGUAUAAGUAUUUUUAUUCCAAGA